AUGGCUCCCAUCAAGACCUACGAAAUGGUCACCACAAACCUCAAACGCACCAAGGCCGAACUCAGAGAUAUCAACAAUGGCACAGCAAGCUACGAAGUCGACCUCUCCUUUGCAACAACAGACCUACGUUCCUCAAAACCUGGUCGACAUGCCAUAGUACUGCAAACACCAUCUCCAUCCAACCAAACCCUUGGUACCUGCGACUUUACCUUUGGCUCACUCAGCACACCUAUCCACCUUGGCUUUGGAGAUUCAGUGGCUUCUCCAGAUACUGUAGUCUGGGAAGACAUAUACGUUCGCGAAAUAGCCAAACAGUCUGGUUUCGAGAUCGGCAUUGAUUUGGGUGAUUUUCUUGGUCGCAAGGUAUUUGAUUGGAAACGCACGAGUGCGGUUGAGAAUAAGUCAACGAUCAGUCAGAAAAUGGAUGGGCUGCAUUUGAAAAUGGUGGAGAGGGAGACUGGUGUGGUUGUUGCCAAAUUUGUGCAUAACUUUAUGUUUGGAAGCAAGAGAGGCACCUUUGAGCUCGAACAGUUCGAGGGUGGUAAUGAUUGGGAAAGCGUUGUAUUGUUGAGUGGACUGGCGGUGCUCGAGUAUAUGAGGAAAAGUCAGGGGUGGUCAUGGUAA